CUUGAUUAGCGCCGUCGGUGGCUUACCUGCAAACCUUGAUGCGAAAAACUGUGCAGCACACGGAACCAUGCAAACGGCGAGUACUCCAGCUCCUCAGUACCAUCCAACACAUCCUCCAAUACAAAAUGGAUACCAGCCCCUCACAGAAUCUGAAAUUUACGCCAUCAAACGACAGUACUUGGGACUGCUUCCUCCACUACAGAUAAUAGAUAUCUGUCUUACAUUUGAGGCUCAUGCGCCCCUUCAUGUAAAAAGUACUGUGUGGCCGUAUGAUAUUCGAGCUGCAAUUGCAGCAAUCCAGCUCAACCUAUCGAGCCCUCCAGUGGACUCUGGGGAUCAAUCUAAAUCCACAUCAACACCAAAGGAUUCGCCUUCAGAUACAGGAGAUAAAACUACUUCAUCUUCUUCUGAGCAACCGCCGGCUCCCUCUGUAACGCAUGGCACGGCUUCUGGUAGUGCGACACCUCACCCGUCUGCGGCAGCUCACCCACACCCACCGCCACAAUCCCUUCCGCACUAUCCACAUCAACCCUAUUAUCAUCCUUCCUAUCCACAUGCUCCGUACUAUCCUACGCCACCCCAAGCACACUACAAUUUCCCUCAUCCAUUUCCUCCUUACCCUCACCCACCUCCACCUCAAUAUCAACAAAACCCGCCUCCACCGCCUCCGUCAAGUCAUGCACCACCGUUAUUCACGAGUGCACCUUUAGCACAUCCCACUCAUCCCUCAGAUUCGUCCUCAUCAAAUAACGUCGAUGACCUCCCCAGUUACGAAGAAAUGAUUGUAGAGGCACUGAUAGAUUUCGGGGACCCAGAGGGGUGUGCACCAAAGGCCCUCUUUGGUUGGAUGGCGUCACAUUAUCCGUUACAGUCAAAUUUCAGGCCUUCGGCUAGCCAAGCCCUCCAAAAGGCCUUCAAACGCGGGCGUCUAGAAAAGGGGAAUAAUGGUAAAUACAGAUUGAAUGUCAACUGGGAAGGUGGGAAUACUUCCAAGAGAACUACUCGUCGUCCACAGACUCACGCUCAAACUGCAUUGUCUGCCCAUCAGGGACAUGCAUCAUCAUCACCUUUUACUCAUAUUCCCCUUGUCCACGACGCAGACGCCGGUACAUCAUUGUCUCAGCCGCAUGCCUCCGCACAAGGACAACCUGGACAUCCUUAUGGCUUUGGUUAUCCAGGGCCACCUGCUCCGUCGGAAACACAAACUACCGAAAGCCAGAUUCGAGAAGGCAGCGAUGCUUGGGAAGCUGCCCAAAAUAUUCUCAAAGCCAUAAAUUUUGGACAAUUGUUUCAAAUCCCCAACGAGGAUGGAGCGCCAACACAUACAGAUUCCGCUGCGGUGGCUCAAGCACCUCCGGUAUUUGCCGGUUCCGUCGAGGUAUCGUCCAUAUUUGAUAGCCAACCAAAUUCGACGAUUACGAGUACAUCUAUGCCAUCUCGUCAUACCGAGACCUUAUUACGCACUGAGUUAAACAGCGAUGAAAGGGCAGCGCUGCAGGCUGAGCUUGCCCUGUUAGCCGCUCAGUUGGCAGAGUUUGCAGAUGUGAGCGAGGACGAGUUAGCCCAAGACCUCAACCCUCCCAGGAGCAUCGAAGAGGGUUAUGUUUCCGUUGCGGCUACAAAAUCACAGAAUUCUUCUGAUUCCACCCAACCUCCUGCGGACCAGAUGAACAGUGACGAUGACGAUGACGACAUGGACAUGGUUGAAGUACACGUGCCAAUGGCGUCGCUGAUAGCGUAAUUAUUCUUUGUGUUUUUUGAUGCUACCUGACGGAAAUAUUAAUGAUACUGUAGUUUUGAAUGAUUCGAUGAUUUUCCUCCAGCACUGUAAUGCCAAUCUUAUCCCUUCCCUCGAGGCUCUGAAAGGAUGUUCUGUGCCAGUCGGGAUUCUCCGACAACUAUAAGUAGGUACGAACUUUACUCUGAACAUGGAGUCAAGCAUGACUCUCG